AUGUUGCCCUACGUAGAUGCCUUGUUUGGAUAUCCUGCUCGCCUCACAGGCGCAUCCGUCGAUGAGCUCAAACUGAUCGGCUCGUUCCUAAUUUCUUACCCACUCGCCGCGAUCCUGAAGCGCAUCCCCGACGCUCAACCCGGAAAAAAGAGCGCGUUUAUUAUCGGCGUCUCGCUCUUCUACAUUGUCGGCCUAUUCGACCUUUGGGAUGGACUUCGCACUCUUCUCUACAGUGCUGCAGGCACUUAUGCCAUCGCAUACUAUGUGGACGGGUCCUUGAUGCCCUGGAUUGGCUUCCUCUUCCUCAUGGGUCACAUGUCGAUCAAUCACAUCUACCGCCAAAUUGCCGAUGAUAAUCAGGUGGUUGACAUCACGGGAGCCCAAAUGGUCAUGGUCAUGAAACUCUCCUCUUUCUGCUGGAAUAUUCAUGACGGCCGUAAAUCUCAAGAUGGACUGUCUGAUGCGCAGAAGUACUCGGCGAUUACAGAAUUCCCCAGUAUCGUCAACUACCUGAGCUAUGUCUUCUUCUUCCCCUCUCUUUUUGCCGGCCCUUCGUUUGAGUAUGUUGACUAUCGUCGCUGGCUCGACACCACUCUCUUCGACAUCCCCCCUGACACCGAUCCGUCCAAGGCGCCUCCUACAAGAAAGAAGCGCAAAAUUCCCCGCAGUGGAACACCCGCCGCAAAGAAACUUGUUGUUGGUCUGGUCUGGAUCUUCGUAUUCCUGCAACUGAGCGGAUCUUUCACCACGGAAUUCGUGCUGUCCGAUGCUUUUCUCGAAUUCGGCUUCCUGCGCCGCGUGUUUACUGUCUACAUGCUCGGCUUCGCCACCCGCUUCAAGUAUUAUGGUGUCUGGUCUCUCACUGAGGGCGCCUGUAUCCUUUCCGGUAUGGGAUACAAUGGAUUCGACAACAAGUCCGGCAAAGUCUUCUGGAAUCGCCUCGAGAACGUCGAUCCUUGGAGUCUGGAAACCGCCCAGAACUCACACGCUUACCUCGGCAGCUGGAACAAAAACACCAACCACUGGCUCCGCAACUACGUUUACCUGCGUGUCACUCCCAAGGGCAAGAAACCUGGUUUCCGUGCUAGCAUGGCUACAUUUGCCACCAGUGCGCUGUGGCAUGGUUUCUAUCCGGGAUAUUACAUGACCUUCGUUCUCGGAUCAUUCAUCCAAACCGUUGCAAAGAACUUCCGUCGCUACGUCCGCCCCUUCUUCCUCACACCCGAUGGAGCCAAGCCCAUGCCAUACAAGCGGUACUACGACUUACUCAGCUGGCUCGUAACUCAACUCACCCUCGGUUUCGCGGUGAUACCCUUCAUCGUCCUCAGCUUCGACGGCUCAAUGGCUGUCUGGUCGCGCGUCUAUUACUACGGCAUCGUAAACAUCAUCGUUUCAAUGGCCCUCUUCGCUUCUCCAGCCAAGGCUUACCUCCUCGGUCGACUCAAGCGUCGCAAUCGCCCUCAUAUGACUCGCAACUUUAGCCAGGAAACAGUCCGUCCCCCAACGCUGGGCCUACCCAAUGAUCCUGAGCGUGACUUCGACGAAGCCGUACAGGAGAUCAUUGGCGAAAUUGAGUCUCGUCGCCGCCGUGGAAGUGUCGUUACCAUGCCUUCUGGCGAAGAGCUGAAAAUUGCUGUCGAGCAGAAGAUCGGGCGUAAGCUGUGA